GUUUCAACAUCACUGGCUGGCAGGAUGAUGAUUUUAAUGCAGUGUGUUCUGCUGUGGCUUUUUCUGGCCUCUACAUUUGGGCAGAAAGUGAUCGAAUGUUCAGCCAAUAAAGCGGUCACUAUUCAAUGGAGGCCGGAGUUAAACUGGGCUCAGAAGCUGGACAUUUCAAAUGCUCAUCUGGGAAGCUGUCCACCGUCGAGUAUAUCUACGGAGCAGGAUAUGCUGCUGUUCUCCGUCUGGCUUUAUGACUGCGGAUUUAGACGAGUGGUGAGUGAGGGCAAAGUGACCUACACCAACGUGUUGACUUAUAGCCUGGAUGCUGGACUUUCUCCCAUUACUGAGCUGGUCGAGUGUGUUUAUGACCUAAAUAGCACUGAUCUGGACAUGGACAACGUGAACAAUGACCUUGUCUUCACUCUAGAGUUGAUGAAAAGUGAUUUUAAUGCAUCUGUUCAAUCCACCACGUUCACAAUCGGCACCAAAAUUCCCAUCAGGGCCAACGUGAAACAGCAGGAACUCGCACCGGUACAGAUUUACCUGCAGCGCUGCAUGCUAGCAAACACUCCAGACCUCGCUCAAAACAGCCAGCUACAUAUGCUUAUUACUGAUGCUGGGUGUCUAACAGAAAGCAAAGAAGGAAAUGCGACAUUCUUGCCCAGACGAGAGCCCUCGGAAAUCCGCCUGUAUUUCCAAGCCUUUAGAUUUGCCUUGGGAGAACAAAUUUUCCUUCAUUGUGACAUGACUACAGGGGCUCUUCAGCGCUUUAGUGCUGAUAAGAAAUCCUGCCAAUAUUUGCAUGACCAAAGCAGGUGGGAGCUUGUUGAUGAUCCAACCCAAAGUUAUGUCUGUAGCUGCUGUGAAUCUCUUUCUUGCAUGAAUCGAGACAACUUUGAGUCUGGAACAUACACACGCCAAGUUCUUGGGCCUUUUAUGAUGGUUGAGUCACAACCUGGUGCAUCAGAUGAGUACACAUUCUGGCCAGCAGAAAAAGGGUUGGGAGGAGUUCCUGUGUGGCUUGUAGCGCUUGCCGUUUGCCUGACGUUGAUCUUGAUGGCUGCAGCCGUUGCGACGAGCUACUACCUGUGUUUUUGGAGAGGCGGAAGGUUGGGAUACCGACCAAGUCGAGAACUUCUGAAUAAAUAUUAAGCAUCAUGGUUCAAAGAUUGAAAUAUUGUCCUUGGUGAUUUUUGUUUUGUUUUGUUUUGUUUGUUUUGCGGUGAUGUGAUGCCAGGAUGAAGAAGGGUGUAGGGUUAUCCCCACUCCUUAUGAUUAAUCAAGCUUUUCAUCUGGCUUGGUGGCUGAAUUAUUAACAGCAGUGUAAUGUCAGGGCAGUCCAUGUUUACAACAGCUGGAAUGUGAGGCUCCUGAAUAACCAUAGGCUGUCAGUACUGCUUUGAUUCCACAAGGGGGCUCCACCGGCACUGUCGAGCUCAAUCAUGCUUCUGUCUGGCUUAGAACCUGCAGGAACAGUUCAGGCAGCCAGCAUAAACAUGAGCUGGCAGCCCUCCAUCCUCUGGGGACGAUCACGACUGAAUUUCUCAGCAGAAGCGUGUGCAAGGGGAGAGACAAAGCACAAUGCAACGGAGAGAUUUCGAAGUGAAAAAUCCCAUCAAGUAUGCAUCCAGUUUUCUUGUAGAGGAUCGUGUGAACAUGCAAGUCGAUGAUUAGCUGCAUUUUAGCCCUUCUUUCCGUUUCAUUUGUUUCAAUCUCGGGCACUAGUUCCAGGUUGCCAAAUGUUAUAAAUACACUCAAGCAGGUUAAUGCAUAUUUAAAUACAGUGUAAUUAGAGAAUCCAG